AUCAACAAUGCAUCAAAUCAAGUUGUCAAAGUAACUGGUAGUUACAACCACAAACAGCAAAAUGAUGAAAUUCGUGUUUGCUUUGUGCCUCGCCCUGGCCGUUGCUGAUGCCACCAACGUACAGAGAUGCGUUCACCACUCUGGCAACUUGCCACAGAGCACCCGCAUCGAGGGCUGCACCAACCCGCCCUGCGUGCUGCAGCAGCUGCGCAACGCCGUCAUCCACAUGACCUUCAGAGCUCCCCGCAACAUGCAGUCAAUGCGCACUUUGGCGACGGCGUACUUGGGCGCUGUGCCGGUGCCCUACAACCUGGGCAACAACGCCAACACGUGCAACUUCCUCACCAACACCCGCUGCCCCGUCAGCUCCGGCACCAGCGUCAACUACACCCUCAGGAUGUACAUCGAGUCCUGGUUCCCUGUGGGCACCUCCGCGACAAUUGAGUUCAGGAUUGUAGACGACAGGAACCAGCCUGUGGUGUGCGUGCGCGUGCCCAUCCGUAUCAGCCGCUCUGGCAAGUUCAUAGAGGGCGAGAACGAGCUGCCCCGCGGCAUCGAAGCCCAAUAGACUGCAACAACAUCUACCGACCAACUGAUGCGAUCUACUACUUCCCUGAUGCCAUCUAUUGACAACUCAAGAAACAACUUGUAUCUGA